CCGUAUAGCGUCAACGCGUCUUGGAUACCCGAGGAAGUACUACCGAUGUUAGGGACGCUACAGUUAGAGAGGGACGACAAAGGGAUUGACGGUAGAGAAGCAAUCCGCGCAUCACCACGACCACGUGCCAGCUGGGUGAACGUGGGGGAGUCGCACCCCUGGCCCCCAGGAGCUCCUGCGUCGUCGAAGGGGAGGGCUGGCGGCGGUCCCGCGACAGGAGCGGGACGUCCCACUAGGAGAGUACCGACUCCAGUGCGGCACGCUAUCAGCGGGGAAUGGGCGCUUAAGGAGUGUGAGGAACAUACGACGUGGGUGAACGAGAUUCUACAGAGGAACAAAUACCCGCUGAUCGGAGAUCUCAGGAAAGGAUUAGCAGAUGGAGUAACUUUGGUAACACUCGUCGAAUUCAUAACUGCAGUGCCUGUAGCAAAGAGUGACCGUCAUCCGACGUCUGCAGUUCAGACCGAGGAGAAUUUGAAAAAGUGCUUAGUUCAUCUCGAGCAGAGAGGGGUUGACAUCACUGGAAUCACGGCGAAAGAUAUAGCGGAUGGGAACCUUAAGUCUACGUUGACGUUACUUGGAAAUAUUCGCCAAAAAUAUGAUGCCUAUGGGGAGAGAUCUGAUGGGGAUGGCGGGGUAGCCCCUCCCCAGGGCGAGAUAGCACGUCACGGUAUGCCGGGCAGACUGUACACCGAGGGAGGAGCUCAUACUCCCAGAGAUCCCCCCUCACCCGUCAGACGAGAGAGACCCAGUUCAGUACAGAGGGAGUCGAAUCCUGGCUAUUAUUCCCCCAGUGUGGCCCAGCGGAUGAUUCCAGGGAUGAUGGGAGGAGAUGAGAAGCCACCACGAUCUUCGUCAGCCUUGCCCUUCACGACUACAUCAGAACAAAACAACUCUGGUUCCCCUCAAUAUGGCGCCGAUGAGAGGCGUCAGUAUAUUGGACAGUGGCAGACGUCGAAAGUGAACGUCCGGCCCCAGAGUGCGCGGGAAGCGCUAGGCGUCGGGUCCGAGAAGCCGCCAUUCCACGUGACCAACGCGUGGUCCAGCUCGCAGAGAGUGAGGGACACGUCGGGCCAUACCGCCGACAAACCCCCAGUCGCCCCACGUCCGAAUACACAGAGACCAAGACAGCACGAAGACGGUGAGUUGAUAGUUCCGCCGCCGCCCCACUCGCGUAACAACAGCGGUAUAGUUGACAACUCGGCUAACAGCAGGCAGAGUUCCAGCCAGUCUUACGAGAACGUGGAGGGGGCCAACAGCCAGCAGAUGCGAUGGGGAGUGAUCGCAGGACAGGCCUUUCCAGGAUACGUGCCUUCACAACCUACGGAGAGGAAAGAAGGGCCACGUGGUGAAAAUCUCUUUUCUCGGGAACGCCAGCCGCCGCCGCCAUAUUGCCACGAGCACAGAAACGAGCAAUAUCACAACCCGGCGUUCAUAGCAGACAACUCUGAUGACACAGGAGCGUCGCGAAGGGCUGACGGAGCUGUGCACAAUGAUCUCAGAUCUGCAUGCACCAAGCUGUAUGGGUCGAGAUCGCAAACACCAGACCGACAGAUGCACGGCUCACCAGUGACCCAGAUUCAACACGUCCCAGACAUCAACAAAAUAGCAUUUUCACCUCAUCCACAGCAUUCCCACGAAUUUCGCAAGUCAAGCUUUGAUCAGAUACAACACACACCGAGGGCCAGCCCCAUGGGACAGAGUUCCAACAGCUACACCCUCACAACUGACUCCAAUGCUCGGUCAUACACGGGCACAAAUGCCACUUUCAGCACCUUCAAACCAGAGAGCGACGAUGAGGAAGACGAAAAGGAGACAUCUGUUGAGCCGACGAAAAACACACUGAUGCCGUCUUCGAAGUAUCCGAACAGUUCUGGAAGCAGGCCAAACAGUGCGCGAGAAACUGCUGUUAAUGCCAAUAACUAUCAUCUGCAAGGUUUUCCUUCUGGCAAACAAAAUGACUAUUACGACCCUCGCGAUCCUAACAGAACUAGACUGAAGCUGGAGGACCAUCUGCCAUCGUCCCAUGUGCCAUAUUUACGCGAACCAGAGACUAAGCCACAGACAUCCAAGGUGGCUACCAUGAUGAACUCUACGCAUAUAAACGCGGCGUAUGUGGAGGACAGCGAUGAUGACAGUGAUGAAUUUCGUGGCACCGCCAAUCGAAACAAACUGGACUAUGCAGUCGAAUCGUCUGCUUCCAUAACCCCACCCUUACCACCCCUGUCUCCGGGUAGUUCCCGUCCAACCACGCCUCCUCCCUUUAACCCCAAAUUUGGCAGGUCCUACAGUACGAGCAAUGUGUCACCGCCGAAAACGCCAGACCUCCUGUCGUCUAUGUCAAAACAGCGGACAACUCCCACAAUCAGAGCUCCAGAACACAUGCAUGCUUCCAACCCUUACAUUGACUCAGUGGGUACAAAUCGAGAGCUGCACCAGAAACACUCGCCUCAACAAAAGUCAGCGGAAACUAAUCCUGAACGAACAUAUUCCGGUGUCAGAAAAGUGCCAAGAGGCAAUGGUCUCAGUCACAGUCUGGAUGAUCUCAGGGAAUCUGGAAACGAGAGCAACAUCUCGUUCGAUAUCGAGAACACGUUCCUCACCGUCGAGGAAAGCGAGCAGGACCCAGCGGACACUUUCCCGCCACAUAAACACGCGCAUGCAUCGCGCAAACACAUGGACCAGUUCGAGGCCAUGUACCAGAACAUGCUCCAGUCUGUCGGCGUUGUCAAGGAAACUCCGCGUCACAAAGCACACGGUCACGUGAAGAGAAGGUGGAGUCUGGCCAGUUCGGACACGAGUUCCUUGCCCAAAGGACGAAGAUUUCGAGGAGAUCGGGCGUCGUAUGAGAAAGGCAGUGCCAAAGAUAUUAAAUCAAUACAGCGUAGAUUCCAAAGACUGGAAUCGCACGUUAUUACGCUGGCUCGCAGCGUGGCCCACCUGUCGUCAGAACUACGUCACAACAACACCCUGGUGCACGAGCUCGACUGGAUAAAGCGGGAACUGAGAGAGCUGAGGCUGGAGAAUCACCACCACAAGAAAAACCCUUUCGGAGGUGAGGCCGACAAGGCCACAGAGUUCGAGAGAUUUCGGGGAUGGAUUCCCUCCCUUACCAACCCGAAAAGAGUUAACAAACUUACAAAAUUUUUUGGUCAAGAACCACCGUUAUUACAACUCUACCUUAAGAAGUUAGGAUACGAGCGCUACGCAAAGAAUUUCGAAAACGAGCACAUCGGAAUGAUAGAGUUGCCUUACAUGACGGAAGAACGCCUGGAAAGCAUUGGCAUCCCCAUGGGACCGAGACUACGCAUUCUGCAGGAGGCGCAACUCUGCUUCCGACAGGACAACUUCAACAUCUACAUCGUGUAAACAGACACUUCGUGCUCAGAUAUAUAGGCGGGAAGAUUCGGGUGUUUCCGGGAAUCUGGUGUUGCAGAGUAGGGAUCAGUGUUAUAAACACGGGCGUUCGGAUCCUGGUCUGCGGUUAUAGGUGUAAGAUUAGGACCAUUCGAUGGAACACCGAUGUGCGCAACUCUAUAUAAGCCGUUGUUCAUGUAUGUUAUAAAGUGGAGAAUAAAACAGCUGUGAGGCAGGUCUAUGGUAUGACUGGACACGAGAGAUAGUUGGAGAGACAAGGACUGGGAUGUGGAAAGCUCAUAUGAUGAGCCGACAAAUUAGGAAGAUAACAAAAUGAAAGGAAUAUUUUAACCAACACAUUAGCACAUUUUGAAACUACUGCUGUUUGGUGUUUAUUAUAUGGUUAUUUUGAAAAUUUCUGUCUAAAAGGGAAGGAUAAAACUGGCUACCAAGAAUUGGGCUACUCCAACCGAAAAGUGGAAAGAAUAUUUCUAUGCACUUUUUUCAUAGACAGUACAUACCGAAGGAUUGCAGUCAUAUUGCUGUCGCACAACCCAUUGUACCUCACGCGAGCGCUCUACCACUGAGCUACACACCGAUGGAGAUGAUGGACAUGGAAAGUUGACACACAGGAGGCGCUGGUGGAAUUGGAAUAAGAAAUGAUAUGGAUAUGGAAGGAGAGAAGCAAAGGAGCCGUGCAAAAGAAGAGAAGUAACAGAGAAAGUACAAGGUGGUACUAAACCAUAGUCGUCAGAAGAUAAUGCACUGUGCCCUCCCCCUCCCCAUAAUGCAUCCCCCCCCCCCUUCUCAGUUGCAGUUAUCUUCAUACGUCUACGCCUGUGAAAACAUUUGAACGACAUUGAUAAACAAUUACAUUGAUAAACAGCCCACGGCAUUAUAGAACUGGAAGGUUGUAUUGUAAGCAGUGGAGGCGGCAAUCGAUAGACAGGUUAUUGCACCUAAUGUUAAUUGAAUGUGAUAGGGUAGUAUAUGAUGGAAACCAGUCAAAGUGUUCGCGACCUCCUAGCGUGUCUUUAAAGGAUUGUUCACCAUCGACCGGAGAUUGGUGGGAUAUUUCAGAAUAUAAAAUAUUAAUUUUAGGUAAUAUUCUCCAUUAAUCCCAAUCCCUGUUGUAUUAAGACCAGAUAAAAUCCCAAUGGUAGAGUAUAAUGUUCUGGACAUCCUUAUGUGGGCCAAACAUAGGACAACUGGUCUAGUGCUUAUACAUAUGUUAGAGACUAGACUCAAGACUAAUAGAGUGUGCGACUUUAACGUCAUGACAACGCCAUACAAAUUGUAUGUGUGUCAUUAAAGAUGGAGUCUGGACUCUUAAUAUUUUUAUAAGUACGGGCCCUCGGCAAAAACAAACUGGCAGAAGCUUGAUGCAUUCGGAAUACUUCGGC